UAUGAUUUUAUGUUAGCAAAAGUUUUUUUGUUUUUUAAUUAUGAAGUUUUUAACCUGAAUUGUCGAAUACUAAUUAAUUUCCUAUUUGUAUAUAAAAGAAAUCAAAGAAUAUUAAAGAAAUCACCGAUGUGUUCUUAAUACAAAAUAAUAUAAAUUUUAUUUAAUAAACAAUACCUAAAUGUCAAUAUGAUAACGCUGUCACAAAAAUUGAAAAAAAAUAGUCAUACAAAAAAUAUUGAUCACCCAAGAUCACGUAUUUCAAUAAGAGAUAAAUUACUACCAAAAGAAGUUCAAGAAAUGCAAGCAGUGUUACCUAGUGGUGCUACUGUGCUAUUUCCAUCACCUGAUAAUUUACAUGAUUUUAAAUUAAUACUAAGACCAAGUGAAGGCUAUUAUAAAGGUGGAAAUUAUCAUUUUAAAAUAACAGUUUCCGAAGAAUACAAUAUGGUUCCUCCUUUAGUUAAAUGUUUAACUAGAUUAUGGCAUCCGAAUAUUAAUGAAAAUGGUGAAAUAUGUUUAUCAUUAUUAAGACCGCAUAGUUUAGAUGGAUCUGGUUGGAGUCCAACACGUAAAUUAAAAGAUGUUGUAUGGGGAUUGGAUUCUCUUUUUACCGAUUUAUUAAAUUUUGAUGAUCCUUUAAAUACGGAAGCAGCUACAAUGUUUCAAACGGAUAAAGUAGCUUUUCAAAAUAAGGUUAAAACUUAUAUAGAUUUGUUUUGUAAUAAAGAAACGAAUUAAAUAUGUUGGUGUCUUUUA